GGAAGAAAGAAGCCGAGCGGGCGGAAGGCGCCCUCCCCGCCGCCUGGGCCCGGGCACCGGGCGCCGGGGUCGGGGUCCUUCCCGCCUCCCGCGGCCGCCGGCCGCUUUGUUCGCCCCGCCUCUGCGCUUCGGGCGAGUGGAGAGGGGCUCCCGCCAAGGCUGCGCAGAGGACGCGGCGGCAGGAAGGGCAGCCGACCGCGCCGGGACUCGCGGGGGGACCCAGGAGUCCGGCCGCCGGGAGGGCCGCGUGACGGGAUCGAGGAGGGAGCCGGAGCUCCGCGGCCCCGGGCUCGCGGGCCGGGGGCGCCCGUGAGCAGAGACCUCCCCGUCCAGGGGGGGCGAUGUUCGCCACGCCCGUGGGCUCUCCGGGCAGCCGAGGCAUCCCGCCGCUGGGACCGGGGCCCCCUCAGCGGGCACCUCUCCAGGCUGCUCCAUGGAGACUCUGUGCACCCCUCCCCGCCUGGCAGUGCCGGCGUCCCCACGAGGGUCGCCCUGCUCCCCCGCACCCCGGAAGCCGCGUCGGGGGACCCAGGAGUUCUCUCCGCUGUGCCUGCGUGCCCUUGCCUUCUGCGCCCUUGCCAAGCCCCGGGCACCCUCUCAGGGCCCGGGGCCUGGGGAGCCGCCGCCGCCGCCGCCGCGAGCACCGGUACUGCUGGGCCCUCGCGCCCGGCUCUGCACCGGCGGCCGGGCCCCGGAGGGCCUGAAGCACCUCGGGGGACAGGCCGGGCGGGCCGGCCAGGAUGCCGACGACGCCGUGUGCCCGGGCGGCGGAGAGGAGGAAGAGGGCGGAGGCAGUUUCCCGCACUUCGCCGCUCGCUCCUGCGCACCUCCGGGCCGCUGCCCUGCGCCCCGGCGCCCUCGGGAGUCUCCGACCGGCUCCGCCUCGGCCCCGCCUCGGCCAGCCUCGGCUCUCGAGUCCCAGCCGGGCCCAGCAGCCAGCCCGCCUCCGGAGCGCGGUUCCCGGCCGCCGCCGCCGCCGCCACCUGCGGGCCCCUCUGCCGAGCCCGCGGCUCUCGGGGCGGCCUCGGAGCCCGCCCAGCCGGACCGGGCCGCCGCCGUCGACGAGGAGGCCCCGCCGACCGGCCCCGAGACGACAGCCGCCGGCCCCUCGACGGCCAGCGCCGCCGCCGCCGCCGCGCCGGCCGACCUCCGGCAGGAGCAUUUCGACCGCCUCAUCCGCCGCUCGAAAUUGUGGUGUUACGCGAAGGGCUUCGCCCUGGACACGCCGACUGUGCGCCGGGGGUCCGAGAGGCCGCCCUCCAAGGGGCCGGCGCGGGGGGCAGCCAAGAAACGCCGGCGGCCGGCGCCCCCCCAGCGCAGCGCGCAGCCCCGCCGGCCCGCGCCCACGCUGCCCACCGCCAGCACCUUCAGCCUCCUCGACUGCUUCCCCUGCCCGCCGGCCCUGGUGGUGGGCGAGGACGGAGACCUGGGGCCGGCGUCUUCGCUCCGCCUGCAGGGGAACGCCAAGCCUCCGCCUGCCCACCCGCUGUGGAGGUGGCAGGUAGGGGGCCCCGCUGUGCCCGAGCCCCCCGGCCUCAGGUCCUGGGGGAUCCACGUGGAGGAGCCCUGAGCGUGGGCCGCGGGCCGAGCCUCGCCUCUUGGAUUUGCCGGUCCCCUGCACGUUUCGUGGGCAAAUGACCGUGAUCUUCCAGCACCGGGGCCGGGAUGACAGUCCCUCCCCCCCACCCUUUGCCGAGGAACCGGGGCUCAACCGAAAGAGGCCGGCGACGCAGAUUCCAUUCCCUCCCCCUCUCCCUCGGAUCUCUGGGGGCAGGGCCUUCACCCCAGGGGUAGCAAAGGAGACCACCGCGCAAAGACCAAAAAAGAGAGGGACCUCGGUGAUGGACAAACCGGUUGUUUCUGUGUCUGUGGGCGAGCCUGGGGGUGUGGGGGCUGUGGUGGGGGUGGGAAGGUGAUUGGCAGCUCCCUGGGGCAUCCCCCACCCCCAUGGCCCAAGCCUUUAACCCUUCUCUCCCCCUCGGGCCUUCCUAGUACCUCUGGAGCCUUGAGGGGGGAGGGGCAGUUUGGGCAAAGGCAAGAUUCCCCACUUCCUGCCCCAUUCCUAGCCCCCCCAAGUUCAGGUGACCCCGAAUUGGUGAGACCUUCAGCCCCAGACGCCAGCUUUCCCCUUUUGUCGGGUUUUGGAGUUUACCUUUGAGUUUUCUGUUUGCUUUUGGUUCCCAAGAUCUGAUGGGUGGGAGAGACCCUCCCUCCACCUAGAGAAAUCAUCCCCCAGCCCCUGUUCGAUCUCCCUACGAAGAGGGGCAGGGCUGAGGAACCGGUCCUGGACCCAAAACACAGCCCUCGCCUAGGGAAAAGGCUAGAGACGUCCCAGGGAAAGUAAUGGAAGGUGGAAGAAAUCAAUAAAAUCAGACCAAACGAGUUGCCUUUCGAGGUCUCCACCGAUUUUCGGCUGGGAGGGGCAGAGGUAGAGCACAGGCCCCGGUCCAUUCUUUGGCCGAGCCCAGUCUCAGGCCUCUUACAGGGGGCGGACGGAAAAAGCUGCUCUUGGCCUAAGUACAGGGCCCCUGGAUUUCCAGGGGGCAGAGCUGGGGUUCGAGUGGGACCUGGGCUGAGGUCCUUUCAGCUGCCCCCUCAGUGGCCGCGGCCAGGGAGCUGUCAGGGACCUGAUGGAUCCGAAGGGGGCAGGGCCAGGGGAUUAGGGUUGGGGUCAGAGGUUCUGUUUUCCAGGCAGAGGGCAGGGACGGCCUGGCUCUCGCCCUCCAGCCGGGAGGGUACCCUCGAGUCAGAUGGGGUGGCCUCGCUCCCCAGCCAGGUGCGGUCAGAGCUCCGGGGGAGUUUCCAGGUGUGCAGGGACGCUGGGCCUCCCUUCCCAGGAGGGCUGGGGCGUUCGUGACCCUUCGGCCCUCCGCACUGGUGAAUGGCACCCCCUUUCCCCCCAAGAUGGGGUGAGGGGGGAACGGUCCCCUCACGCGACCCUGGGGAAGGACUUGUCUCCUUUUCUGUGAAAAUGCUGUGUAAAAAGUUGUUAUUGUUUGCGUAGAGCAGAUUCUUGAGAAAAACUGUUUGUACUUCAAAAGUUUUGUU